AUGGGGGCGCAACCUCAGAACCUCCCCUCGCACUCACUCCCCACCCACUGCCUCCACGGAGCCACCACAUGCCUCCCUCCCCCCACCGCUUGCACCUCGCUCCGACCUCCACACCGCUCCAGCGCCUCAGCCCCCACCUGGAACCUCCUCUCCUGGCAAGGUUCCUCGCGAGUGGCCCCGUUGGGCAGCCAUCGCCCGGUCUGUCCCCACAGAGGUCCCCCCUUUCCUCACAACCAGGCAUGGACAACGGAAACCGAGCUGGCCGUCGGCGGAAUAACAAAGGAAAGGGGGGCAAAGGGCCAGCUCACCUACUCCCCCCUUCCUCCCUCCCCUUCCAGGCGUCCCUCCUCACCCCACAUCCCGAUGAACCUGCACCAAGCCUUACCCCUGCGGGCCAGCCACCAAACCCACACCCCGCUCCCGUACCCGCCCCUCCACAUGGCCAUGGGAGCGAUUCAGCCCACUCACCCCAGUCCGCCUCUCCCUUCCUCUACAACCCCCCCAGGUAGCGGCUGUUACGUGCGCCGCCGGGAUGGAGGCCGAUGGGAUGAGGGAUGCGCCUAUGGCAGACGCCGCCGACUCCUUUUCCCAUACCUCCCACCCCAUCCAUAUCGACGACCCCCUACCGAAACCCAUGGUCAUGGGGGAGGACCGAGAGGGUUUUCUAGGGCAGGGACCACACCUGAGCACUGCUCAGUUAGUACGCCCCACCCCACCCUCUUCCCAACCAGCCAUCCUACCCCCACCAGCAGGCAGGCAGGUCACCGGGACCCCAAGGUGAGGGCUGCCAUUUCAGACUUGCUGGCGAUACAGAGCCCCAGCAGGUCUCCGGUUGCCCCCACCCUACCAGUCCCACAGGUCCGGACCCGGACGUAUGCGGAGGUCACUCGCUCUGUCCCUUCCUCUACCCCCCCAACUAUUCCCAUAGGCUUGUCACUUCCGUCCCCGAUGGAGACGGACCUGGUUCUGAGGCCAUGUCACUUGCACCCAGAUGUAGUGGUGCCUCCCCCCAUUCGGCUUGCUGCCGACAUACUACCCGUGGCGCAGGAGGGCACCAGCAUCAGGUAUGAGGCCUCCGCCCCGGCCGAUACCCCUCCGCCUCGGGUAGCAGAGCCGCCACUUCAACCCCACCCCGCCGAGGGAGAGGGGCGCACCACGGCACGCACUUCAGGCCCACCUCCACAUCCCCCCUCCCUUGCUCCGGGGCCAGUACGGCCGGGGGGCUCGGCCCCAUCCAGUGUGGCAGCACCUCCACCUCCGUCGACACCCCUCCUGCACAGGGCCGGUGAGUCCUCUCCCACCCUUAUCCCGGGUGACCCCCUUGGAGCUCAGGCCGCCCAUGGGACCUCCUCUACGGCCCCGAUCGACCCCACCGACACGGCGACAUCACCCGACCAGGUCAUGACUUGCCCCACCUGCAGAAGCCCUCUCGCGAACCGACGCGCGCUCCAGCACCACACUCCCUUCUGCCAUCCUGCGGACGCAGCUCGCAGGGCACAGGCCGUCCAUGACACCACCUCGAUCCUCCCUUCCCUCUCACAGCCCCGUGCGACCGGGAUACAGUUCAUUGACGCACAGUGGUAG